AACUCGGAAAGUCCACACACACAGACACAGUUGAUUUGUCAAUACCCGCAGCAGACUGGUGCACAGACAGGAGGAGGACCCGCAUGCAUUUAUUCCCAUCUUUCAUCAGUCACCAUUGUUCUUUUCUUGUCGCCCCAAUUUCGCUCGCUUCCUCUCUUUUUAUUCUUUUGCCACUUCGAUUUUUAGGAUAAUGGUCUUUUCAAGGAAAAUUUUAUCUGAAAAAUCGAGAUGGAGAUGCUCGUCUUGUCUUUGAUUUCUACGAAGAUGUUGGUUUUUCCAAUUCUUCUUCCUAGACCAUCAGGAAGAGCUUUUGUUUAAUGGGUUUUGGUUUCUCCUUGCUUUGCUCUCAGCUUCUCCAAUGUGUAGGUGACAGACAGCUGCGCCCCAUUCGGUGGCCUUCGCAAUUCUGGCAUUCUUCUUCUUCUUCUUCUUCUUCUUCAUCUUCUUUCAAAGUGGGUGCAGGCGAGUUCUCCGUAUCUGAAUGCCAAAACAUUUAUUAAGAAGCUAGCUGUCCACAAGGCGUUCGUUAUUUGUUCUCAAUGAGCGGUUGUUUCACUGCGACCCAUAAAAGCUUGUCGGUUGUGUUGUCUGCACGCUGAAAUUAGUUCUAUGAAAGGACCACUAGAAAGCUCCGUAAAUAUCGCCCCAUAAAGACACUCUUGCUUCCGUUUACACGUCAAAAUUAUUGUAAUUGCUUUAUCAUCAUAUUUGUUUUUAUAGCUGCAAUCUCCGCUGUUGCUUCUUCCAUACCUUUCCUUUGAGGCCAGACCCGAAUACCCGGUUCAGGAUUCUUCUCGAUCCGAUGAUUUUCUUCGUGAUUUCUUGUUUUUCUUUCAUCCUGCUUUCCAACUCCUUUUCUUCCAAGGACUUAAUGGUACCCAGCUCAAGGCUACUGGCCUGGUUUUGGAGAGAACUAUCCCAUUUUGUCAUGGUGGUGUUGGGCAAAAGUGUGAUUGCUGUUGCUUCCCUUGAAGUUUCAAAGGAGGCUGCUUCUGGGAAAGCGGAGAAUGUGAAAGGGGAAGAAAAGACCUGUUUGCUGGAUUUGCCUGAAUUGGCCAUGGAUUGCAUUUUGGAGCGGCUUUCUCCUGCCGGUUUGUCUAGUAUGGCUGGAGUUUGUACUUCUCUGAGAGAAAGAUGUGCAAGUGAUCAUUUAUGGGAAAGACACAUGAAACAGAAAUGGGGUAGGAUAAUCAACGAUGUUGCUUGUAGAGAAUGGCAGUGGCAGAUUGCUUCAACAAAUAGAUCAACCCUUUCCAAUGGAACAAAGAGAAAAGCAAUUUUUGGGUAUUUUUCAGGCCUUUGGCUUCUUCUGUCGGAUAGAUCGAAAUUGGGAAAUGGUAGCAGGACAGGGAGUUUCUUGCAGAGGGAUUCAAUCAUGGCUUGCUAUAUUGCUCUUGAGACGGGCAAGUUCUGGUUCCCAGCUCAGGUCUAUAACCGCGAGAAUGGACAUGUUGGGUUUAUGCUGUCUUGUUAUGAUGCCGAGCUCAGUUAUGAUUCCAGCACAGACACCUUCAGGGCAAGGUAUUCACCUUAUGGGAGGAGGACAAUUGAGGAAAACAUAGAGUGGCAUAGAGUAAGAGCACCAGCUGUGGACACUCCUGCACAUGUACUUCAUGCCUCUGAUUGUUUAGAUGAUUUGAGACCUGGAGAUCAUAUUGAGAUUCAGUGGAGAAGAAACAAAGAAUUCCCUUAUGGCUGGUGGUAUGGACUUGUUGGUCACCUGGAAUCAUGCAACGGAAACAUUACUCAAUGCCAAUGUCACGACACAAUAAUACUGGAGUUCAAGCAAUACACCCCUGGAUCGCGAUGGAGACGAGCUAAAAUAAACAGGAAGAACCACAGAGAAAUAGGGAAUGGAGCCGAUGGCUUUUAUGGAGGAAUCAGGAAGCUUUACAACGAUAAAGACAUCUCAGUGUGGAGGCGCUUGUGGCCAAACCAAGUCUUGGAAUAGCAAGCGCACAGCUUCCACGUCACUCGAGCUCUCUGUAAAUAAGUCCCGAAUCUUUCUAGUUCAUUUUCUUCUUUCCUUUUUGGUUGGUACAAAAAUUAUCUUGUUAUACAAGUGGUUUCCACAAGAAGGAAGAGUCUAGCCGAAGUAUACAGGCAAGUCAAUGGUCCGGAUUUAACCCAGAUCCUUUAAGAUCUGGAUCUGACAAGUAAAGUUCCCAUCUAGAUCCAUUUGUAUCA